UCGGCCUGGCUGGGCUUGGCUCAGCUCGACUGCGCCCCCGGCCCCGUGCCCGGGGCUACGCGCCUCGCGGUGCCCGCCCAGCCCAGCCCAGCCCAGCGCCCCGGGGUUGGGCAUAGCUCGGCGCCCGGACACCGAGGCCGCGCUCCACCCGCUGCUUCGCACCCUCGGGCCUUACCCCGGGCCACCCCCCGGGGCUCGGUUUAGCACAGCCCCAGUCUGCCCCAAGGGUGCCUAGGGCUCUGCACCCCCUGAGCCCCCCCACCCCCGCAACGAACGCGGCGGGGGCGGGGGGGGGGGGAGCGCCGGGCGCGCGCGGCCUGCCGGGGAGGGCUGGCGGAGUCACUGCUAUGGCGGGGUGAGGGAUGGGGCCGAGGCGGGACAGGCCGCCCCCCAGUGGAGCUGCCCAGGGCCUGCCGCCCUGCUCGUUCCGCGAGUGGGUCCUAGGGUCGGGCGCCGGGCUGCUGGCCGGGAGGUGCUGCCGGCAGCUCGUGUUCACGGGUGGGCUGGCCCCACGGACGGGGCUGCCAGUAGCCUCUUGGGUCCCCGUCGGGUGGAUGCCCCGCCGCGGGGAGCGGCGUCUGCCCCCUGCGUCCCUCCGCCUCACCCCCUGCUGUCCCCCCCCCCCCCCCCAGGUGCUCCCCACUCCCGUGCUGCAUGCCCAACGCGUGCCUUUCGUGGGGGAAAGUCCUCCAUGUACGUGGAAGCACCUUGCCCGGGCUCUGCGAUGCUCCUCUCCCCCUCCCCACUCUGCUUCCUGCUGGUCAGGCUCUGCUUGUCAUCCCACCCGGCAGGGCAACCCCAUGCACCGCAGCCCUCGGGCUGGGCUCUGCCCUGGCCACCUAUUUUUGGGUCGGUUUUUUCAUUGUUUUUUGGGGGGUCUUUAGGUUUGGGGCUUAGUUUUGGUUUGGGUUUGUUUUUGGUUUUUUGGUUUUUUUUUCUGCUAGAUACAGCUAGAUGCAAAAGCUUAGCAGUGCUAACGGGGAGGUGUGAUGGGUGCCCUGCCUCUGAGUGGGCGAGCAGUGCUUUGGUUCACACGCUGCCAACAAGAAGGCCUGACUGAUACCGGCACUGAUGUGCAAACCAUGAGAACCCUCCGAGGCCGCAUCUUCUCAGGGACUGAGGAGUCUAGGCCAUGUCUUAUCAGGAGAUAACAAAGCGAGCUCAAGCGGAGACUAGGCAAAACUAAAAUUGCUAUGGCUCCACACCUGCACAAACACCAGGGCAGGUUUUGACUACGGGUCCAUCACUCGAGACUAUAAAUGCUCGUGGCCUUCCCGAGCCCAGUGAGCUCUCCAGCACAGUGGAGAGAGCAGGCUGCGAGGUGGUGAUCUCUCCCUUCAGCUGGGAUGCCCCUGAGAGUUACUCCUUGCGGCUGAGAGACACUUUACCCUGAACUGGAGCUCUACAGCAAGAUGUCGUCCCCAGAGGAACUGGCUGCUGUGGUAGAUGAGGACAUACUUCAGUUCCUUCUGAAGGAUGAUGCUCCCUGGCCUGAACUCCUAAGGCAGGAGAGCGAUGUGCUGGACAACUGGAACGUGCCAGACCCUGAGUGCCUGGACAAGGAGAUGGAUGACUUCAUCACCUCCCUGCUGAAGUCCUUUAAAGAUGAACCAGACAUGUUGGAGGAUUAUUCACAGCCUGACGGUUCAAGCACCACUUCUGAGGAUCCGCAUCUGUCCCAUAGCCCUGGCAGCUGCUUUGCUGGCAGCACUCGGAGCUCAUACAUUGUGCAGGCUGAUCACAACUAUUCCCUCCAUCAUGACUUUUCUGCACCGGAAAGCAUGAGGUCUGACAUGGAAGAAGGAGAUGCUUCCAUUGACCAUGGGCCAUGGAUGGGUUUGGAAGGCACAAGCCAGGCAAUGGAUCAGAGCUCCGGUUUCCCUGCUGGUGUUGCUAUGGUUACCAGACGCCGCCGGCGUGGGCAGACCAAUUUCCAACAGCUGGUGCUGACAAAGGAGGAGAGACAGCUCCUGGAGAAAGAAGGUUUUUCAUUACCAGCCUGUCUGCCACUGACCAAAGCUGAUGAGCAACUUCUGAAGAAAGUGCGUCGUAAGAUCCGGAACAAGCAGUCAGCCCAGGAUAGUCGUUACAGGAGGAAGCUCUAUGUGGAUGACCUGGAAAGCAGGAUGGCAGCCUGUGAAGCUCAGAACCAUGAGCUGGAGAAGAAGGUGCAGCUGCUGCAGAAGCAGAACAUAUUACUGCUCCAGCAGCUGUGGAGACUGCACAUCUUGGUGAGAAGUUUCACCACCAAAACUGCCGCAGCAAAAACCUGCACUGUGAUCGUGGUUCUGUCAUUCUGCUUCUUUGUCUCUGCCAGUAUUUUCUCAUUGUGGGGCAGAAAGCUACUGCUGGAGCUUGGAGUGCUGCCACAGCAGACUAGCUCGUUCCCAAAUGGGUCAGAAUCUGAUAUGCAGGAGGAUGCUGUGCCGGACGAGUUCAUCUCAAACCCUGAGGGCCCCUCCCAGUCAGGCAGCCUUGAUCAAGCUGAGGAAGAGGGGCAGAGUCCACGCAACGCCCAAUCCAGUUCUCUCAAGGGCAACUCAUCCUCUCACACUCCACCAGAAAUGGGCUGUGAGGAGGACCCUCCUCAGCCUCAGGAGCAGCUGUUCCAGAGCGACCCUUCUCAGGCAGCGGUGCUGCAGGAGUGGAGAGAUGAGAUGGAGGUGUGUGUAGACCCUGCUGCUGGAUUUAUUGUCCAGGAGCACCAUGCAGAGGAGAUGUGAAUACUGUCACCUCCUACUUCUCAGGGUGACACCAGGCACCUGGCUGGGCAGGCAGAAACAGAGCUGCCUUAACAGAUAAUCUAUCAAAACAGAUUCUUCUGAAUACUCUCCCAAUUGCUGACAGCUCAGAGAAUUUACCAGGGAGGGAUUGUUUUAAGCUUUACCUGUUCUGACACUGCUGUGUGUAUCUGUAGCAAGACUCUGCCUGAGAUGGGGUAGGAAACUCUGGGAACUUUGCUAUGGCUGCAGCCUGGCGCGCAUCCCAUGGCUCUCAGGGAUGGACUGUGGCGUGGAGGGUGAAGGUGGUUGGGCCUGAGGUCUGACUGGAUGCAGUUGGUGAUAGAGGCCACUGCCCUGCUUCUUCCCUGCUCAGGUGGAGAUGAAUAAGCUGAAUCCUGCACUUCUUACUGUAUCUGGCAGCUGCAGACAUCUGUCCCUUGUCCCCUUAAUCCUGCAGUGUUGCCUGAUUUCUAGGUGUGAGAUAGUGAGCUGACCUUCAGUGCCCUCACUGGGAGUGGUCCUCGCAUUGGGACACAUCUUAUAUUUUGAGCCAUGGGCAUAGCUCCUGACCUGUUAGGGAAGGUAAUGUGGAGUCCUUCUCAAGCCAUGCGUGAUGUUGGCACUCCAUAGGGGCUGAGCUUUCCAUCUCCAACAGCCCUGGGGGUGGGGUUUCUGGACCUUAGGGAGAAGGGGUGCCCCAAAUCAGACUACUGAGGGGCUGUGCAGCAGAGAGCAGUAAAACAGCUUGCUCAUAUGAAGGUUUUCCUGGCCACAGGACAGUUUCAAAGGUGUGUCCUCGUGUGCCCAAGCUUUGCUGUGCCGGCUGGUGAUGGAGUCACCUGGCUCUAGUUGCUCCCUAGGGCUGAACAAAAACACUUUGAGCUGGAGGGUGGUCACUUUACUGUAGUGUAGCUUAGUGGUACCUGUUAGGUAUCUCGUCAUCCUACUUCAGGACAUUUCAUAGAAUCAUAUAGAAUGGUUUGGGUUGGAAGGGACCCUUAGAGAUCAUCUAGUCCAACACCUCUGCAAUAAACUGGGACUCUUCAACUAGAUUAGAACAAUAGUUAAUAAUUUCCUUAUUCAUAGCAUAGAAAUAAAUACUAUCAAUGUG